AUGUCAACAAUAGCCACCCCGCGCGACACAGGCACGCCUCUUUCGCGGCGUAUCAACUCCUCCCAAGCCCUCUCCAACUCCAACACAACACCCACUUCCUCCACGCGCCCAUCGCUGGACGUGCCCCGAUCCGCCUCGAGCUCGCCCAACCCCUCCGCAGCCCCCGUUGCCGCCGCCGGCAAACGCGCCAACCGCGCCGCCCUCCGCGAGUACUACAACCUCAAAAAAGCCCAAGCGGCCUCUGGAACGGGGGGGACCUCGACCCCGAUACUCGAAGUAACCUCGACGCCACCAUCGCCCGACCCAUCAUCAUCAUCCAACAAUGGCUUCCAACAAUCGCUAUCGUCAUUCGACUCCAUCCCCGCCUCGCCCGUCCUCGACUCCCCAGAAUUUUCCGCACAACCGUACCUGUCCGAGCUGCUGCAAUCGUCAACGCUAGCUGAGCUCUUGAAAACCUACGCCCGCAUAUUGCAGGAGAUCCGCGCUUUGGAUGCCGAGAAGAAGGCGCUCGUAUACGACAACUACUCGAAGCUGAUCAGCGCGACGGAAACCAUACGGAAGAUGCGGACGAGCAUGUUCGACUCGAACUCGUCGACUGGGGAUAGGCUAGAUCCCAUGGCUAGCACGCUGGAUGCUGUGUUGGGAAAGGUCUAUGAGCUUGCUAGUGGGAUUAGAGGCGAGUUGAGGCAACGACUGUCGGAGGGGGAUGAGAGUGCUGUGAGACGGAGGGAGAUGGAGCAGGAGCAGGAUAGGGAUAUACUGGAAGGGAUUGAAGAUGAGGAGGAACGGAGGAGUAGAAGGGAGAGGAGGGAUAGGACGAGAGAGUUGGCGAGGGAGGUGGUGAGGGUUCCUGAGCGGUUGAGGGCGUUGGUGAAGGAGGGGAAGAAGGAGGAGGCGGCGAGGGGGUGGGAGAUGCCGAGGCGGUUGUUGGAGAGGUGGAAGGAGAGGGGGGUGGGAGGGGAGGAUGUGGGGAGAUUGUUGGAGGAGGGCAAUGCGAUAAUUAAAGGGGAGGACGGGAGUAGGACGUCAACAUAG